GUGUGAUUGUGGGGGAAGCCCUGUGAGCAUUAUGCCUCUUUUCAAAGAUGUCGUUAUCUUCCUGAUUCAGUGACAGGCAGAGCAUCUUGCUGAAGGAUGGUGCUUUCAGUCCGGAGUAGGUGUUUUCGUUGUGCGCUGUAUUCCAAGAUGCAAUACGGGUGCUUGGCCAAUACAGAUUUAAGGAGAAUCGCAGCCUACACACAGCAAGAGCUGAGCUUCCCUCACACUGAUCAUCAUCAUCAUCGGCGAGGGAGAUAUUAACCAUCAUCACUGCGAGGGCAAAGGAGUCACGACCAUACUUUACACAAUGUAGAGCAAACGAAAAUGUCUCCCUAGGUGUGGUAGGAGCCAGGUCUCUGCAGUGGUGAGAUUACAAUUCACAAUUGGGGUCAUUUGGUGUGGACGUCUAUUCACAGCAACAAGACAGCGACAUGAGCAACCCCCAGGCCCCUCCCCAAGCUGGAGCCUCAGAGCUGGAGGUAAUCUCCCAACAGGUGGAGGAGGACAACCAGUGUGUAGCCCCUGUCCAGCUGGUCAGCUUCGCCUACAGAGAUUUGCCUCUGGCUGCCCUGGACAUCUCCUUAGCUGGAUCGCAGCUCAUCUCUAACCCGGACGAAGAAGACAACAGAGAAGGGUCGAACUGGCUGAAGCCGUGCUGCGGGAGAAGGGCUGCGCUGUGGCAGGUGUGUCUGCUGUCGGCAGGCUUCAACUGCUUCCUGGUGGCCUGUGUCAUUCUGGUGGUGCUGCUGCUGACGCUGGAGCUGCUGAUAGACACCAAGCUGUUGCAGUUUAACAAUGCAUUCCAGUUUGCAAGCAUCAUCCACUGGAUCAGCCUGGCCAUUCUCUCUGUGUUCUUCACCGAGACGGUGUUCAGGAUUGUGGUGUUGGGGAUAUGGGAUUACAUAGAGAACAAAGUAGAGGUGUUUGAUGGAGCUGUCAUCGUCCUCUCUCUGGCCCCCAUGGUGGCCUCCACAGUUGCCAACGGCCCCAGUAGCCCCUGGGAUGCCAUCGGCCUCAUCAUCACACUGCGCAUCUGGAGGGUCAAGAGGAUCAUCGAUGCCUACGUGCUGCAAGUGAAGGUGGAGAUGGAGCUGGAGAUCCAACAAUAUGAGAAGGCCAAAGCAGUGAGGGAGGAGCAGCUUGACCGUCUCACCCAGAUCUGCCAGGAACAGGCAUUUGAAAUCAGGCAACUGAGGGCCCACCUAGCCCAACAGGACCUGGAUCUAGUGGCAGAGCGAGAGGCAGCCAUGCAGAUCCACCAUAUGUGGGGUAAACAGAGCAGCGGCUUCCAAGAGGUGGACGGAUUGGCCCCUGGAGCCAGCGAGCAUCACGGGCCGGCUAAAGCAAGAGAGCCCGGGGGGCCUGCAGAUCACCUUGUUCAAGAUGACAUGAACAACUACAUCAGCCAGUAUUACAGUGAGCCAAGCAGCGAUAUUGGGAUCCCAGACCCAGCUGCACGUGUCAUCACCACAGCAGCCAUAGACGUGCACCUGCCUAACAACCCCAGCCAGCUUCCCUCUUCUUUGGUGAGUGCCGAUGCAGUGCCAUCCAGCCGUUUGCAGCGGACUGGCAGCUCUGUCAGCGAAGCCUCCACCACCACAGUGUCCCGCUCCAGCUUCAGUGCCCACCAGCACAGCAUCAGUAGCCACACGCUGGGCUCCACCACAGACUGCAGCUCUACGGUGCGUGAGGCUUCCACCUCCACAGACUACAGUGGCCAGCGCUGCUACCCUCCACCCUACAGCAGCCCUCUGGCCCUGGGCACACAGCCACGAGGAAAUCCCAGUGCUGUGGUGCAGGAGCUGCUCUCCUCUCUGUCUGAGGACUCGUGUCUCACCCAAAAGGGUCUGGACCCUGUCAACCUCAAACUGCCCAGCCCUGCAGGCUCCACCAAAACCAGCCCUGAGCUGGAGCACAGGGUCAACAUCUACAACAAGAGGAACCAGGAGAGCCGAGUUGGGCUUCACACCAAGCCUGUUAUUCAUUUGCAGAGCAGUGAGCCUAUUCUAGAGGAAAAAUACAGAAUGAUGGAGCCAGUGGACGCCCCAGUUGGCCGUCUGUCAGAGACAUAAGACAGCACCUGGCAUGAGGGCAUCGCAGGACUCACUCUUCAGAUCAAUUGCAAAAACACACGCUUGACUAAGCCCCCCAGUCUUGGGGGUCAUGGCACACAUACUGUAUGUCUGUCCUCCUCUUCAUACUGUUAGUGUGAGUAUGCUGGAACUGAGACUGGUUUCCUUACCAGAGCAGCACAAAUGAAGGGCAUGGAGGACAGAAAAGGCAGACUUAUGAUCAGGCACUAAGUAUAUCAGGAAUUGACACUUAAAAAAAAAAAAAAAAAAAAACUUAUGAAAACUUUACCAAAAGAAACCAGCAUUGGGACUCUUCCCCAAAAAUUUCAGACAACUGGUCUGUGCAGAAAAUCUGGCUUUGAUGUGUUAAAUUGUGAUAUUACUUGGAGGACGUGAAACCGGGGAGGGGGCGGUGCUGGGGGCUUUGUUCCUCCAAUACUUUGUAGGAAAUGGAGAUGCUAGACUGAUGAGAUCACUCGAGGGACAUCCCAAUAUGUUAGGCUUGUAUUAAUGGUAUGAUAACUGUUCAUGUUUUGGUAGUCAGUCUAGUGUCUCCAGCCUCACAAAGAUCAGUCCUUUUUGACAGGACUGCUGCAGGGUAAAUUUGAUCUGCGUUCAGAUGUUGAGCAGUGAUCUCAACUUCUUUCUUAUCUUUGUCUUUCUAUAUUAGCAAUGUUAACAUUUGUAUUUAAAUUCUAUGAGUGGAAAAAGUUCGGCAAACGUGGAAGAUUUCAAGUGAUUCAUAAAGUUUUUAACCGGGUGCCAUGGAUGAAGUCUGACCAAACCCAACUGAGUCGUGUUUACAGAGUCUUUGCAAAAUACAGCAUGUCCUAUACAUGCCUAAUUGAUAUAAAAACUGGUAUCUACCUGCACAUGAUAGAUUUCAAAACAUUCAGGUCUAAAAUAUUAUUACAUUUUCUUGACAUUACUGUUUGAAAGCUAUGUAAAUAUUUCAGGAUGGGUUUGAUCAUCACAUCACAGCCAAAUAAAGAGAGGGAUUUACAGUGGACCUAUUAUAAAUUGUCACUCAGAAAGAAAAGUAUUAUAGCAUGAACCUUCAAGAUUUGCCUCUUAAAUAUUGCAAUCUAAUCCUGUUCAUGUC